CUCAAUGAUACUGUUAGUUUUUAGAUAAAAUCAUUGUAUAAAAAAUAGACCAGGAAAUCGUAUAAAGUUUUUUUUUUUUGAUAAAUAGAAUAAAUAUUGGCACGGAAACAAAUUAUUGAUCAAACAUACGAAGUGAAUCAAUACAUGGUAAAACUGAAAUCAAAUUUAUAUUACAAGUUAAUGCAAAAACCAUUUAUGUAACUAUAGGUGCAUAUAGUACCAUGUCAGAUUGUGGCCAUUUUAAAAAUUUAAAUGUCGAAAUAAAUAUUCUCAAUGCUCAAGAGGUCUUGGAAGAGAAAGCAAGAAAAGAAUGGCCCCAGAAAUGGGGAUUUCUACUUGAUUUUCCAAAAAUUCUUUUAGAAGAAGCAGCCAAAAGGGGCAUAUCUGAAGAAAAAUAUCGACAAACCAUGAAUAGGAAGAAAAUAAAAUGUAUACCGUACGAAAAAACAAUAACAACCUGUAUUGAACCUACAGAUUAUAUUCCAAAAACCUCAUCAGGUUAUGUGGGAUGGAGAUGCGAAUCUAAAUACACGUUAGAGAAGUUAGGACCACUUUAUGUCAGUCCUAAGCAUACUUUGCCCUACCAGCCACCUUACAAUUGCAUCAUGUUAGGAUAA